AUAAAACCUCCAGGGCUUCGGCCUAUCUGAUUAACAGGCGUGUGAACUGAGGAGCGCUUCGGCGCCUGGCAGCACCAGCUCUAGCAGGCGCGGCGAGCGCAACUCCUCCCAGCACCUGGUCACCAAGCCCUUCCCUCCUCCCGGCUUGCCUCCAUUGCCCCAGCCCAGAGCAGGCAAGCGUGCGCUUCCAUUGGGCACGGCUCGCGUUUCCCUUUGCUUGCGCGGGUCGCGGGCGGCCAGAGCUUUGGCUGGCUGCUCCUUUUCAAAGCCCGCGAGCACCGUUUUUGUGCGCGGGGCGCGCAGACCUGAACUCCAAGCAUAGCCUUGUGGUUUUUUUUGUGUGGUUUUUUAAAAUAAACCCCUCCGUUCUUCUUGGAUUUCAACCCGGGAUAUUUUCGCGCAACCCCCUUCUACAAGGUCACUCUGCCAGAAUGCCAGAAGAAAAUUCCCCAAGGUCCACUCCCCAGAAAAUCCCAUAUCAGGAGCUUCCUCACUUGGUCAAUGCUGAUGGGCAGUAUCUUUUCUGCAGGUACUGGAAACCAGCUGCUGCUCCAAGCUAACUCAACCCCGAGGCAAUCAGAGGACUUAGCUGUGUCUGAAGAAGUCCAGCGACGCCAACCGGCUCCUCCGGAGGACAGCAGGGGCAACUCUGCCAAUAAUCCAGGGCCGGAGGGCCCAGAGGAGGAGCUGGGAGGAACAAACAGUCCCUCCGACCAGCUCGACUCACUCCCAGGGAAUGAAUUGCGCAGGGGCCUGGUAUUUGUUGUUCAUGGUGCUGGAGAACACUGCUGUCGCUAUGAUGACUUGGCCAAGAUGCUGACAGGAAUCAACUUUUUUGUGUUUGCCCAUGACCAUGUUGGCCAUGGGCAAAGUGAAGGAGACCGUAUGGUUGUGUCCGACUUUCAUGUGUUUGUCAGAGACAGCUUGCAACACAUAGAUCUCAUGAAGAAGGAUUAUCCAGGCAUUCCUGUGUUUCUUCUGGGGCACUCCAUGGGAGGAGCCAUUGCCAUCCUCACCGCGUGCGAAAGACCAAAUGACUUUUCAGGCAUGGUAUUAAUUUCUCCUUUAGUAGUUGCAAGUCCUGAUGUAGCGACACCGAUCAAGGUAUUUGCAGCUAAAGUACUUAACUUUGUUCUGCCAAACUUGUCUCUGGGAUCUAUUGAUCCAAAUGUCAUUUCCCGGAAUAAGAAAGAGGUUGAAAAUUAUCGUUCAGACCCCCUGGUCUGUCAUGGUGGCAUGAAAGUCUCCUUUGUCAUUCAGCUACUGAAUGCUAUUGCCAAAAUCGAACGCUCUCUCCCUAAACUGUUUCUCCCCGUCUUGGUGCUCCAUGGUUCACCGGACAAACUCUGUGACAUCAGAGGGUCUUACUUGUUGAUGGAUACAGCCCCAAGUCAGGAUAAAACAUUCAAGGUAUAUGACGAAGCCUUCCAUGCUCUCCACAAAGAGCUUCCUGAUGUGACUACUUCUGUUUUUAAAGAAAUAGAAACAUGGAUUGGCCAGAGAGCAGCUGAGGAAGCCCACCAAUCUAAGCAAAAGCCACUCUGAAACCCUGUGUCUGGUGGUUGGGGUAUCCUGGGAAGGGAAGGUUUUUUUUUCUUUUAACAGCCUCUCUUUGAGGGGAAAGGUCUUAUAGGGGCUCCUGAAUUAACUUAUUUUUUUACAAGAAAUUGCUGUGUAACCCAGCGUGGAAUGGGAGGAGAAUGCCAUGCUCCAUUUAAAGCCCUUACUCUAUAGAGGAAAGAGCUAGCAAAGACAUUAGUAUGGCCUUCCCAGCUAGGAGUGCCAUUGUAUUAAAGGAUUUUGUCCAGUCUUUCACCAAACCUAGUUUUCGGUUUUCCCAAGGAGUUCCUGAGGUGCUGAGGUAAUUUUUUAUAUUGCAAUAAUUUUUGGAAUGUUUCAAAGUUUGGCAUCUUCCACAGCAUUCUAUUUUUACUCUUGCCAGAUUUUAAUUCUUCCCUCCUGUUCUUUGAAAUUUUUCAAGCCUUCUAAUAGGACCAAGUAUAUGACAGGCAGAGAUAGGACUAGGAGGCUGAGGAAUUCAGAACAUGACACAACAUUCUAAUAUUAAUCUGGCCAAAGGAUUUCUCCCCAUACAAACCCCAAAAGGCCUUGAAAGAAGAGACCAUUCGAUAAUAGGAACAGCACAGUUUUGCACUUUGAAAGGGUGUAGUUUGUACUCAGACCAUUAACAUUUAGCCCCAGAGUUGAUACCAUAGAGAAAUGAGAGUAUGUAAAAUAAUGUAUCUAGAAGACUUAAAAGCAUUGAAAAUAUGCUGCUGCUUCCAGAAGCCAAAUCAUUUUUCAGUGCAAGAAAUGUAAAUACUCGGGCUGCUUUUUUGUUACCUGUGCUACAGAUAACUUAAAGUAUAAAACUGAAAGUUAUAUUUAAGAGAGAAAUAAUAAAAAAAAUAAUAUAUAAAGUUUCUGUAGGUUCUCAAAGAUAUCUUAAGGAGGAGUGAAGGAGUACAAUAUGGAAUAGAUGCCAAGGCUGCCAUUCCUUUGCCUAAUAGCUUUUAUGCCUGAGAACUGCCUUUUAUAUACAGAAGGCCAUUCAUUGCCACUUGAAGGUUGGGAAAUAAUUCCUUUGUUCUCAAAUUCCUGCUCCUACUCUGACUUAGAAGUUGGCCAGCCAUUAGUGACUCUUGGAAGGCAAGGAAACCAAAGAGAAGGAAGAAAGAGUGGACCUAAUAUAACUGUGCUGCAAGAAUCCAAAUAGAUAGAUAAUUCUAACUCUCUACUGCCAUCUAGAGGCUAUUUGAACUUUUGCAGCAAGUUAACAGUAGGUAGGCUGAAAAAAGGGCUAUUUCAGCAGCCAGAGGCAAAAUUCCAAAUAGCACUUAAUCAGCAGAGAAGGUUACUGCUGAAAAUUGUUGUGGAAAGCCAAUUAUUAUAUAGGAUAUACAGUGAAAAGAGUAAGAUAUGCAUGAAGGAAUUGAAUUAGGGCUUCUAGAUCUUGGCAACCUUUUAAAGGCUGCAGAGAGAAAGAUAGUUUUCUGAAUCUCUUUGCUUCCAUCUACUGGUCAUUUAGAGUUUUGCAAGGUAGACAUAAAGGUUCAGUACACUUAUGAAUGGAACAAGGCAGCUGUGUGCAAUCUCAAUUUUACCUGAUAUUGAGGUUUCAGCCUUAAUUGUGACUAAUUACUUAAUGAAGAACAGCAACACUAGAAAAACAUGAGGGAGCUGCCCAUUGUAAUCAAAUGUUUGCUAUGCAGCAAAUACCAUUUUCAUGAGUUCUUUUGGUGGAAGAAAUUCUAUAUUAUCUCUUGUAAAAUAGUCUUUUCCUGUAAUCCAUUUUUUUUAAUUAUAACUCCCUACACAUUUAUUGCAUGAGAGGAUUCAGUACAAUUUACAGGCUACUUCUAAAUCUGAAUUUCCUAAUGCUCUACAGAACUAGGCAGCUAUUUUUCCCCAAGAAGCAGUAAUCCUAUUUGCAAUCAUCAGGCACAUAUUCUCAUGAUUUUGUUGCCUGCAUGUACUUUCUGUGUAUUUGAAGUAUCCUUCAAAUGUUCCAAUUGAUGUGGCCAGUGUGAAUUGGAAAGGAAAAUAUGGCCUAAUGAGUGCUAGGAUACAACAUUAGUAAAAACAUGAGAUUUCCAUACUUCUUAAUUACCAGAAUUAAGAUGGAUGAGCUGAGAAGUUGAAGGAGAGAGAAUGGUUUACUUUCCAAUAUAACAAAGCUUUAAUACCUAGUUAUUUGGCUGCAAUUGUUACUCAUCCUAGAAAUCAAGUGGCUGAUUCAUAAGUGCAGAUUCAUUAAUCAAUUUGAACAUCAGAGCUCAGUAGGUAGUAGAGACGCUAAUAUCGCUAGUAAGUAACCCAAAGUCAGUGGGGGGGAGGGAAUCUGCUUUCUAACCGGUGCUUCAAUUUGUAAUAAGAUCUUUCUGAGGCAUUGCAAAAAAAUACUACACACAGUCCUGAAAAUAAGGUGUCUUUCUGGAAACCAGCUCUCAUGCUAAAGACUAUACCAAUGGUGCAGUUUUGCCAUACUUAGAAUGUACUCUCUGGCUAAUCUUCCAGUUUGGGAGUGGGAGAAUCACACAGUUAUCAUUAUUAGAGGUUUUUAACUGAGCCCAUGUAAAACAGAGUUUUUAAGAUAGCAGUUGGGAUGCAAAAAUGCAAAUGACUAUUAGAUGGCAGCAAAAUAAUAACAGCUUUUUGCUGUUGUAUAGUGAUCAUUCUGCAUUUCUGCAAUCCAGAUAUAUUUUAAUAGGUUCUACUCCUUCCUCUAGUAAAAAUGCAAGUACUAGAUGCUUAAUAGGGCUUGCAGAGAUCUGGAGUUGAUGGGUAAAAUUUGGAGCAUGUGAUGGUGUCAUGCACUGAAUCACAUUUUGCCUUUCACAUAUGGAUCUCUACACAGCUGUAAUUCCAAAUAUAAGAAUCUGCAAAUGAAGCUCAGUAGGAAUAACAGUUGCCUGCUUUGUGCCUCUGUGUGCAAAUCAUUAAGGUGCCUAAAGUGACAAGCCUGAAUUAAUUCUUGGUAGCAUGGAUUUUAUGGAUCAUUCCAUAGCACAAAAGAAAGAUCCUGCCCACCAUGUAUGGGGAGCUACUGUAACUUGAGAGGGAGGUCCUUUUCCCAUUCCGUGAGCAGGACCGAGGAUGACCAAAAGUGUCUCUUCGGAGGGGAGGGGGAAGAUAGGCCUUUAAAAAAGGGGAGACUAGCUAUACUAUGGAUGUAGUAAGAGGUGUAUAGAAAUGGAAACAAGGAUUCAAGGCAAUCAUAAUAGAGAUUAUUCCAAAGAUGUACAAUUUAGUUUAAUUCUUAACCUGUUCAAGUGUAUUGGGAUUUCGGCUAUGGUGAAAUAUAUAUAGACUAGGACUACUUGUUCUGGACAGCAAACAUUUAAAAACGGAAACACCUAUACAUAAGGCAAGAUAGGACUUUACUGGUUCCUUCUUACAGUCAGAAGUUUGAAGAUCAGUGCCUUUGAAUAACUUUGUUGAGGGAGUAUCUGCUGCAACUCCUGAGUUCUGAAGCAAUAUAGAAAGAAGUAUUAGAAAUUAUAUUCAGCUUUCAGCAGAGUUGUGUGGAUAGGUCUGAAAUAAGAGGCUGAAUCAUAAGGACAGUGGGAGUUACUUUUCAGUUAUUUUAGAAGAGACAUAUUUGUUGGGGCAGUCAGAAUACUGUCCAUUGUCCCAGAGUCCCUAAUCCUGUAGGCUUCUUCGGCUUUUAUCUCCCAAGAAGCUUGGGAAAGAGCAGUUGAUUUUUGCCAAGUUAGAUCCAACCCCUAUUGUAUGUGAAAUCUUAACAGUUUUAUUCUUUUUUAAAAAAAAUACCUAAAUAAUUACAAUUUCUUAAGGUUGAAUGUAAAAGUGGCAUUUGUUUGAAAAUUAAGUUCAGGUUCUUAUGUAAAACUGCAGCUUUUUCAGCUGAAGUUAAACUUACCAAGUAUAAGCUAGUUUAAAUAAGGAAUUGGAGAAUUUGCUAUGGAAAGGGGAUAAUAGACUUUUAACUUGGGGAGUGGCUGGUAGGUUGCCUCCCUAAAUGUUCUUUGCCACCGUUCUUGGCAUAUAUUCAAGAAGCUUUCUUUCUUUCUUUCUUUCUUUCUUUCUUUCUUUCUUUCUUUCUUUCUUUCUUUCUUUCUCUCUCUGUCUCUCUCUGUCUCUGUCUCUCUCUCUCUCUCUCUCUGUCUCUCUCUCUCUCUCUCUCCCCCUCCCUCCCUCCCUCCCUCCCCCUUUCCCAUCCUUUCAAGACAGUUCUGAACAACCAGAGGUGGCUAUGUUAAGACUUACACGGGACCAAAAGAAAAAUAUACUUUAAAUCUGCUUUAAAGCAGCUGAAGAAAUCUGGUACUGUUCUGAUUUAGAGCUGUACAAUUUCUGUUCUAUCAAAUGGUAGUAUAGCCCAUAAAGUGCUUGACAUAUUUUAUAUUUCUACAGUCCUGUAAAUCUAUAAGUCUCUCUGAAGGACCUUCAUACAUAGAGACAGGUGAAUUGAAUUUGGGUAGGUAGGGUAUAAAUUCUAUAGGCUGAAUCUGCUGUAAAAUCUACUUGCACUGGAAGCAAAAGAGGUUAACAGAAGCAGCUAGAGCUGUAUGUUUGAGACAGAGUCUGAAGACAAGGUUAGAAUUGUAUCAGCUCCAAGUCACUGCUGAUAUAUCAACAGUUUCCCCUUGAGAGCAUAAUUCCUCUGACAGCAAUAGUUGCGUGUAACUAAUGUAUAUCACUACUAUAUGCAACAAAUGUGGCAUGACAAUUUACCUAUUCAUAACAUGUCUGGAACCAUGUUUUAUAAUGAGCCUGCUCUUUUUAUAUUAGUCACACUAUCACUUUGAUGACAUGACCUUAUCAAGAUACUUAUUUUUCCAAGUAAUUUCUGAUUACUGUUUCUUCUUGUUUGGUUUCUGUGCUCCAGUUUAUUCAGUACUAUACACUCAUAUAUAUAUACACACAUUUGAACUACUUGUACCUAAAGCAAGGAUCAUAUGUAUAACUUAGAUACUUUUGAGGAAAAAAUAUAUAUGAACAUUAAUAAUAAAAGAUAAGUUUUCUGAAUAUGGCUUAUUUGAGAUUAUUUCUAUUCAUUCAAUUACAGUAGAAAGUUCAGAACAAUAGCCAUACGUUGUACCAAUCUAUUUUUGAUACAUAAAACCCAAAGUCUACACCAGGCAUGCCUAUAACAGAAUCUAUAGGGACAUAUUUUUCC